AUGUGUUGUUCAGCAGAGUGCAAUUUAACAAUUUGUCAAACAAAUACUUAUUUUUUAACUUAUUUUUUCUUUCAAGUUGGGAAGAAACCUGUGAUCACUGGAAAUACAACAAUCAAAGAUGGUGAUGAUUUGAAUCUGACCUGCAGCGUUGAAAGUUUCCCUCCAUCUGUUAUCACAUGGAUUAAACAUGGUUCCAUCAAAAACCUGACAAAAGAAACCAAAAUCAUCCUGCAUAACAACACUGGAACAGCCACUCUUAUCAUCCGUAAUGUGACAGUAGAUUAUUCUGGUCUGUACGUCUGUAAAGCAAACCACCAGAUCUCUACUCUGAGUACACAUGCUGAAGUAAAUGUGACAUUUCAUCCAAGGAUCUUCAGUACCUCUGGAUGUGUGGUUCAGUCCGAGGUUCUGACGUGUGUGUGUAUCAGUGAGGGGUUUCCUUUACCCACCAUCAAAUGGCCGCUGUUAGACACUCACACUGAAUACUCUGUCACUACCAAUUUCUCAAACCAUGCAGUUAACCUCAGCAUUACUGUAACUUUGAAAGAUCACAACUACACCACAGUCGAGUGUGUCAGCAGAAAUGACAUUGGGGAAGUAAAAGAAAACCUCAAUGUUACGAGAAAAGCGUUUGAACAAAAACCAAAGGAUCCCAUCCAUAGUUUGUUUAAGACUCUUAAUCUGCCGCAACUCAUCAUUGCAUUUUUGAUUGGGCUACUUGUUGCAACAUCCAUCUGCUGUUUGUGCAGAAAAUGCCAAAGAAGAAAACAGAAGAACUCUGAAGAAAUCGCUGAGACUCUGGAGAUGAUCAGUGCUGGUGAAGCCGUGCAAAAUGAUGGGACCCGAGACGGAGAGGCAGCUGAAGGAGGAGCUGUGGCUCAACCAAACGAUGACGGGGUACCAAGAGAGGUGGAAUACUCUGACAUUAACUUCAGCUUGUUGAAAAGGAAGUGUCCCAAUGGGCCAGAGGCUACUAAAGAGACCACAGAGACAGAGUACACUGAAGUUAAAAGGAAAGGGGAGAGACAAGAUGAUGGUGGACAGGAUGGUGAAAAGGUGGAGGGCAACAAAGAGGAAGAGGUGAUGUUAGUGGGAGAGAAAGAGGUAGAACAGUGGAUGUCUGCAGAGGAGGUGGAGGGAGGUCAGGAUAUGGCAUUGUACUCAAAUUUGAAUGAAAUAAUGGGUAAGGUUUGAGCACAGUGUGGCUUGAAAUCACAAAAUGAUACAUGUUUAAAAAAGGGUUUUCAGUGCAAACACAAUGGGUGAUUAAACAUUGGCGUAACAUGCAUGCAAGAACUACAAGAAUAUUGCAUGUUUUUACAAACUAGAAAGUAUGUAUACAAUCAAUUUGACAUGUUAUUGAAAAACCUUUUAACAAAGCACUGUGCUCUCAGCAUGAAAUUAACCGACCUUAUCAAGCUUCUGUUUGUUUUUUUUGGAAUCUAACCGCUAUCUUAGGUUACACCUAUUCCAUAUGCACAUUUUUUGUAAUCCUCACAGUUUCUGCUUCACAUGGCCGAUCCCCUAUCCACCCACACUGAACUGCAUGUACAUUUUAUCAGCUAGAAUGAUUGGUUUUUUGUAGCAGUUAGGCUUUCCAUUAUAAUGCAUUGUUAUGUUUGUAGAAAUGCAUGCAGAUAGUAUUGCUUGUUUUAUUACUAUGGAGACAUUGAAGUAGGUCUUGUUAUUGUAUUAUAUAGGGUUUCUUUGUUCAAAUGCUGUUUUCUUCUAUUGUUUAUUAUUCCAUUGAGCUUUUCCAAACAACUUUACUUUGUUCAUGAAAAUGAUUAUAGUGCUGGUGUGCAAGGAGAGGGCAUGUUAGCUUUGUGUGUACCAAAGUCUGCAUUUUUUACUUUUAGAAUGUAAACAGGUUUUGAUUAUGUAGUAUGUGAAUAUAUGUACAUAUAAUGUCCCAUUUGCAGUUGUGUAUAUCUUAUACAACUUAUUUACUUAAAAGAUGUAAGCAGAAAUCCUAUUAAUUUAAUCGACAAUGUGUUAGAAUGUUUUAUUGCCAUUAAGAAACUGUAUGUCGAAGUGUUUUUUGUUAAGAAUGUGAUUGUUUGAAUUGCAUGCCAUGAUCCAAGUUAAGAAAAUGGUAGCAUAUACAGAAGUUCAACAUUUUAACCAACUGUUUUAUACCUGAGAGUUAGAGGAGAAUAGCAAAUAAAUGCACAUGUCUGUGCUAAUAUGAAGCUAUAGAGCUAGCAGAGUUAGCUUAGUUUAACCAUUUUAAAUGGGGGGGAAAAGCUCCAUGUGAAGUUUAAAAUAAUCCUCAAAAGCACACAAUGUAAGAACUUAGUACAAAAACAAAGAUAAAAGAACAAUUUGUAGUUUUAGGACCAAUUAUGUGCAGCCAGCUGCACCAGCUGUUACAGUUGAGAAAGUCCAAACCAGGAUGUGUGUUGGGUGAAUGUUUUCUUUUUUAAUUUACAUUUUACUCAUUGUUGUAAAGCAUAUAUUUGAGCAUGUAUUAAAGCAGUUAACUUGAUCUAAAUAUUAGCAUAACAGAGAAACUGCGUAACCUUAACUUGAAGUCCAAUUACUUUGAACUAACUCGCAUAUAUAUUUAAAGGAUGCUUAACACUUUCUUCUGCUGUCACAAACACAGGAAAUAAUUUUGUGAGAGGGUGAUUCUAAAAUAACAUGUGAAACACCAGCCACAUGUUGGACGGUUUGCAUACUGGGUUCUGAAAAGGGAAGAAAGAAGCUUUUUCUAACAAGAGUACAUUACACAACUUCCUCACAUUUAUUAACUUGACUUUGUUCCUCUUUAUUGGUAAAGCCUUCAGUAUAUGGCCAAACCCAACAUUCAUGUAACAAAGGUUUCCAUAAUAAAGAAAAUGAAACUUG